CUUAAGAACCUCAUGGUUGUUGGCAUUGAUUGCUACCAUGACUCAGCAGAGAAAGGCAGAUCUGUUGGUGGUUUUGUAGCCAGUUUGAACCAAACCCUAACUAGAUACUACUCAAGGUGUACAUUCCAGCAUCAACACCAAGAAUUGAUCGAUGGCCUUAAAGUAUGCAUGACAGCUGCUCUAAGGAAGUACCAGGAGGUAAAUCAAUCACUUCCAGACAGGAUUAUCAUCUUUAGAGAUGGUGUAGGGGAUGGUCAGUUAAAUUAUGUUAUAGAACAUGAGGUCAGCCAGCUCCUCCAGAGUUUCAAGGGAAUCCAGGAAGGAACAGAGUACAAGCCCAAAUUUGGUAUGGUGGUUGUGAAGAAACGCAUCCAAAACAGACUGUUCCUCCAGGGUCAACGAGGUGACUUCGCCAACCCUCCCCCUGGGACAGUCUGCGAUUCAAACAUAACCCGUCCUGAGUGGUUCGACUUCUUCCUUGUGAGUCAGUCCGUACGCCAGGGUACAGUCACUCCCACCCAUUACAAUGUCAUCUAUGACACCACUGGCCUUAAACCAGACCACUUCCAGAGACUUGCUUACAAGUUGACACACUUGUACUACAAUUGGCCUGGAACUGUACGUGUACCAGCUCCAUGUCAGUAUGCCCACAAACUGGCCUUCUUGGUUGGACAGUCUCUACACAGAGAGCCCUCAGCAAGCCUAGCUGACAAGCUUUUCUUCUUGUAAAAAGCUCAGUUUAAAACUUAACCAGCUCUGUACCAAGGUGUACUUUUGCUUCCUUUUCCAUGUAUGGAGCAUCAAUAGUUUAUAUUAUAACUGGGGACAAACCCAAUGUUUUGGUUAUAUGGGAUUUUAACAGUCCAUUUCUAGUAUACGUUGAGAAGUGAUAAUAUAUCGACAUUCAUUUAUUACCAAAAAAAGUAUUCAAGAGAACAGGCAGCUUAUCUGUUUGUUUUUAUCAUCAUAUGGCAUCACCAUAUUCUCUCUAAACAUUUCCAAUAUCUUGUUCAAAGUUGAUAGGAUUAUUUUUUUCAAUUAUGAUUAUUAUUAAGUUGAUUAAGUAGAUCGAAAAAAGAUUGUAUUUUCGUAAUUAAUAAAAUUGUUUGAAAUCA